AUGAGAGGUCCUUGCAUCACCCUGGCCGCGUCAGGGAUCUGCGUUCUCUUAGUCCUCGUUUGCAUUCUAAGCGGUGAACAGUCUGACAAGAGUGAUAACCCGAACCUGACGUACGAACUACUGACCUCACUGGGCGCCAAAGAAACGACCUUGGCAUCCAACAACUUAACAUCUUCUGAUGAUUACGCCGCGCUGAUACAAGCAAUCAAGAAUCUUGUCGCUGGGAAGAAUAAGGGAAACAGCACUUCAGAUAUCAAAAAUGCAGUUCAAAUUAUUGUCGAUCGCAAACUGGAACAGGCGAAGGAAGCCAUGAAGAAAGAAAAAGAAGCAAUAGAGGAAAGGGAGCGACAAGCAGAACAAGAGAAGCGGAAAGAUGUCAAGAGUGAGCAAGAAGCGGCUGUGAUCGGAAGCAUCAUUGGCAAAGCGUUUGCUCAGCAGUCACAGAUUGAUGAGACAAAAUCUGAAGAUGAUGCAAAGAAGGCUGAAAAGUUCGAAAGGGCUGCAAAGCGAGAACAAUAUAGAGCGAAUAGACUAAGGGUUGCUGAGUCGAUUAACAAAAGGAUCAUGGAAACGUCAAACAAAAUGUCAGAAGUUGCCAAAAUGGCAGCCAGUGCAGCUGCUGAUGCCAAAGAGAUUGUCGAGGAUGAAGAAUAUGCGGCUCAAGACGAGGACCAGAGAAUGAUUGAAGAGGCCAGGGCUGCACGAAGGGCAAAGGAAGCAGAACGAAAAGCUGCUGACGAGCGUAGGAUUGCGGAGAAAGCUGCAGAUCAGAGUGAGAUCUCAUUUAGAUCCACCGAAGGUGCAAACGACCAGUCUUUUCAGAGAGUUGAUUCGGCAAGAAGAGACGCAAUUGCAUCUGCAGAAAAGGAUGCUGAAUUCCGAGCCCAAGAAGAUGCAAGAAGGGCUGAGGCUGCUGAGCUGCAAUCAGAGCUGAUCUCAAAAGAAUUUGUAGCGGCUGAGAAGGAAGCAAAGAGACAAGCGAAGGAGGCUCGAGAACAAGCAAACAUCGCUAUGCACGCAGCAAAGAAUUCUCGUUUGGAAAGAAAAAGAAUGGAAGAAGCGGGCAAGGAAGACAUCGAGGCAGCAAAAGCGGAAACGAAAAGGGCCCAAGACAUUGCCUCGUCCUCGGAGCAAUCGGGCGACAUGGAGGAGGAAUUGAAAGAUAUCGAGAAGGAUCUCCAUAUCUUACAAGGAAAGGUUCAAAGGGAUGAAGAGAUGCGCUUGUCUGCUUCAAGAAACGAUGAUCUCCCGAGAAUUGGCGAGGAGAGAAUCCCAAGAACGAUCAUAGUGAACAAACUCCGAAAGCCAAAAUCGAUGGCUAUCAAGAGCGAAAUGAACGCCCAGGUUGAGAGAGAGCUUUACAGACUUAUCUCCAAGAUCGCAUUGGAUAGGACGCAUAAGCAGGACCAAAGGCACAAGCUGACUGUGUACGAGGAUCCCAAAAGAUUUCUUGUCAAAAAGCAGCCCCCGGUCUCGUCAAAUCCUUUUGAUUGGAUCGUUCGGGGGUUAAAGCCUUACGAGUCACAAGUUCGGUUAAGUCACCCUUCGAGAAUGCAGAGAGUUAAACCAUACGCCUACAACAUGCCGCAUCCAGUUGCCGUUCAUAGCUUCCCGGGCGUUGGGAUGGACGCGCUCUCGCCCGAGCUGCAAGCUCACAGGGCGCUGGCAUCGGCGCAAGAAGCGAUCAGACGCAUGGGAGGGGUAGCUGAGAUGGAUGUUGAUGGAGAAGUUCAAUGCUGA